AUGGCUGGUUCCAAAGAUUUUGACAACCAAUAUAGGUAUGAUGAAAUGUCAAAUAAGGUGCUUCGUCCAGGACGACGAUUCAAAGAUAAUGACGAAGAUACAACACCAGUAUCAUUAGCGGGGCAUGUAUCGAUACAAGAUAUGGGUACACGAGUGGUCAGUGAGUCAGUACAAAGGAAGACAAAUUCUAAAAAGACAUCAAGAAGUAGCGCUAAUGGUACGACAUUUGAAGGGACAUUUGACAAUUCAUCAUAUCAUCCAACUAAUGAAGAAACGUCACAUAUUUUUAAUCUUAUAAUUACAGAAUUGGGAAAAGUUCUCUCAGAUCAAAGUCACGAAGUUAUAAUUUCAGCUGCUGACUCCGUUUUGGAUGUAUUAAAAAAUGACGAGAUUUCAGUAGCAGAAAGACGUAUUGAGAUCAACAAACUUCUAGAUAUGCAGAUAGAUGAUUCUCUCUUCGAAGACUUAGUUGGAUUAUCAAGACGCAUUAACGAUUACGGUGAUCAAGUAGCAAACCAAGAAUCUAUUGAACAAGAUGAAGAAAAUACAGUUGCUGUAGCUUUUGAAGAUACUGAUGAAGAGGACGGUGAUAUAAAAGAAUCAUUUGAUGAAGCAGAAGUUAUCCUGCCAUCCGAGGAAGCAGAAGUCGUUCCUGAGGUUGAUACUAAAGGUUAUAACGAUGAAGUUAUAUUGAAAUUGAAUGAAAAGAAGAAUGAAGAAAAACUUCCUUCGAUACCCUUACAUACAAUUGAUCGUUAUUACAUUCAACGAGAAAUAUCUAAGAUUUUGCCUGAUAAGGACCAGAAAGAAAUUCAUAAGGUCGCAGAAAGGAUCUCAAAGGCUUUGAAAAACUACGAAAUGACUAAGAGAGAACUCGAAGAUGAAAUAAUGGAUGCUCUAGAUUAUGAACAUUUUAGUUUUGUUCAGGUAUGCAUGGAAAAUCGUUGGAGAUUGUCAUUCAAGUUGAAAAUCAUUGAUGCUGACAAUGAUGAAUCUCUUAAAAAAGCACUUUAUGAUGACAUGAAGAAAUUAGGGUUAUACGAUUUGUUUUCGGAAAUGACUCUUGGCGGUGAACAUAAUAUUCCCGUCAAACGAAAACUAUCUAGCAGUGAUGAUAAGGAAAAUGACUUCAAUAAAAGACUGAAAUCAGAUUUAAAAGAGCGAAUGCCAAGGGUUGUUGAUUUGAACAAUUAUGCGUUUGAUCAAGGAUCUCACUUGAUGUCCGUCUCAAAAGUUAAAUUACCUCAAGGAUCUUAUCAGCAAAAUAAAAAGCUUUAUGACAUAAUAAGUAUCCCAGCACCUCAACCAGCACCAUUAGCGAAAGAUGAAAUUUCCAUCAAGAUAACGGAGCUUCCUGAAUGGGCACAACCAAUUUUUCCUAGUAAUGAAACAUUAACGCUUAACAGGAUACAAUCCAAGAUAUAUCCGAGUGCGUUCAAAACUGACGAAAAUUUGUUACUAUGCGCUCCUACAGGUGCUGGUAAGACAAACGUAGCCAUGUUGACAGUUCUAAGGGUUAUAAAUAACUUUAGAGACUCGGCUACUGGUAAAAUAGAUAUUCAUAACUUUAAAAUUGUUUACGUCGCUCCAUUAAAGGCUCUUGUUCAAGAGCAGGUUCGCGAGUUUCAAAGAAGGCUCACGCCGACUUUCGGAAUUGUCGUGAAUGAACUUACGGGAGAUUCGUCUUUAACUAAGCAGCAAAUGAAUGAAACUCAGAUCUUGGUCACUACUCCAGAAAAGUGGGAUGUCGUCACACGUAAACCAAAUCCUUAUACCGAGUUGGUGAAGUUGAUUAUUAUAGAUGAAAUUCAUUUGCUACAUGAUGAAAGGGGCCCAGUUAUUGAAAGUAUAGUUAGUAGGACGUUGAGACAAAUGAGACCCUCUGAUGAUUUGGUGAGGUUAGUCGGUCUUUCUGCAACGCUUCCUAACUAUGAAGAUGUAGCAAAGUUUUUGAGAGUUGAUUCGAAGAAAGGAUUGUAUUAUUUUGAUUCUACGUUUCGUCCGUGUCCUCUAGCACAACAAUUUAUCGGAAUCAAAGAAAGAAAGGCCAUAAAAAGAGUCAACGCUAUGAAUGAGGCAUGCUACGACAAGUUGAUUGAUAACUUGAAAGACAAUUAUCAAAUUAUUAUAUUCGUCCAUUCAAGAAAGGAUACAUUUAAGACAGCAAAGUGGCUCAGUGAGAGACUUACUCAAGAUGAAAAAUCUUUGAACCUUUCCUCAGGUACAAAUGAGAUCUUAAAGCAAGAAGCAGAAAUAGUCGAUAAUAGAGGUUUGAAGGAGAUCAUAGGCCAAGGCUUCGGAAUACAUCAUGCUGGACUUAAGAAGGACGAAAGAAACUUGGUAGAAGAUCUAUUUGCACAGGGUCAUUUGAGGGUUUUGGUCUCAACAGCAACUUUAGCUUGGGGUGUCAAUCUUCCCGCUCAUACUGUAAUAAUCAAAGGAACUGACACUUACUCUCCUGAGAAAGGUGACUGGAUCCAAUUAUCACCUCAGGAUAUCUUGCAAAUGCUCGGAAGGGCAGGAAGACCAAGAUAUGAUAAAAAUGGUGAAGGUAUCAUCAUUACCUCUCAAGACGAAAUUCAAUACUACUUAGCUAUUCUCAAUCAGCAAUUACCGAUAGAAUCGCAAUUUAUUAAUGAUCUUCCUGAUGCAUUGAAUGCAGAAAUAGUACUUGGAAGUAUUGAGUCUAGAGAGGAUGCAAUAAAAUGGCUAGGAUAUACAUAUUUAUACAUAAGGAUGCUCAAGAGUCCUAAGUUGUACCGAGUUGGUCUGGAAUAUUCUGAUGACGAUGAUUUAUAUUGGAAAAGAAUGGACCUAGUACACUCUGCUUUACUUAUUCUUCAUCAAAAUAUGCUCAUACAGUACGAUUCUGAAACAGGGAAGCUUAAAUCAAUGGAGCUAGGAAAAAUCGCUUCACGCUUUUAUAUCAACUACGAGACAGUGAACAUGUUUAAUAAUCAAUUGAAACCUUGGUCUAGUGAAAUUGAUAUCUUAAAGGUUUUUUCACAAGCUGGUGAAUUUCGCUUCAUACCCAUAAGGCAGGAAGAAAAGUUGGAAGUGCAAAAGCUAUCAGAAAGAUGUCCGAUUCCGAUAAAGGACAAUCCUAGCAGCCCACUAGCAAAGGUCAAUGCUUUGUUACAAACAUACAUAUCUAGGCUAUCUUUAGAUGGUUUCGCAUUGAUGUCAGAUAUGAUAUAUAUUACACAAUCAGCAGGUAGAUUGUUAAGAGCCAUAUAUCAAAUUGUGCUCAAAAAGAAUUGGUCAUCUGUUACAAAGACAGCCCUUGAUUUAUGUAAAAUAGUUGAAAAGAGAAUGUGGUUGAGUAACUCUCCUUUUAGACAAUUUGGAGAUUUGGUUCCAACAGAAGUCAUCAGGACAACCGAAAGUUCUCUAUUACCUUUUUUGAACUAUUUUGAUCUCUCUGCAGAGGAGCUAGCGGAAUCGGUCAAUUUGAGAGCUAAUAGUCAAAUCGCAUUCAAUUUGCUAAAGCAAUUCCCAAGACUCUCUCUUAGCUAUUACGCUCAACCUAUUACACCAAAUCUUAUUCGAGUCCAAGUUGAAGUCUUACCAGAAUGGACAUGGAACCCAAAAAUACAUGGAAACUUCCAAACAUUUUUAGUUAUCGUAGAGGAUUGUGAUGGUGAAAAAAUUUUACAAACUGGAGACUUGACAGUCUCAAGGAAGCAUGCCCAAAAAGAACACUUAUUAGAUUUCACGCUUCCUGUAAUGGAGCCAUUGCAACCUAAUUAUUUUGUUACUUUCAUAAGCGACAAAUGGUUACAUUCUGAAUGGACAGUACCCGUGAUGCUCUCUAAUUUAACAUUCCCGAAAAGAAUACCUACUUAUGAUGCUUUGUUAGAUUUAGAGAGUGUACCUACAAGCGACUUGAACUCACCGGAUUUGAUUCAGACAUUCCCAUUUAAUUACUUCAAUAAAUUCCAAACACAGGUUUUCCCAUCCCUUUUUAAAUCUAAUGAAAAUAUCUUUAUCGGAAUCUCAAAAGGUGGGGGUAAAACCGUCUGUGCAGAGCUAGCUAUCCUAAACCAUUGGAUGCAAAACAAGGGUAGGAUAGUCUAUAUCAAUCCGAGUCAAGAAAACAUAGACGAACUAUGCGUUAAUUGGAAAAAAUAUCAGCAUUUGCCGAAUAAGACCAUUAAUAAAUUGACAAAUAAUCUUUCAAAGAACAUUCGACUUUUGUCAACUAGUCAUUUAAUCUUAGCAACGCCUCAACAAUUUGAUAUGGUAUCACGAAGAUGGAAACAGAGAAGAUCAAUACAAGCAAUUGAACUUUUCAUAAUGGAUGAUUGCCACAGUGUUGGAAAUGCUCUAGAUGGCUACGUUUAUGAAUCAAUUAUUUCAAGAAUGCGUUUCAUAUCCACACAAGUUGACACUAGUAUAAGAUUCGUUGCAUUGUCCACACCUUUAUUUAAUUGUAAAGAUUUUGCAGAUUGGCUUGGGUGCUCGAAAUCGAACACUUAUAACUUUGACCCUGCAAGCAGAUUUAAUAGAAUUGAGGAAAUCAGACUUCAACCAUACAGUGGGAGCCCCUCUGAAAUUGCAUCGCUACCUAAUGAUCCUUCAUAUAUGUUUCUAAAAGAAAACAUGGACAGCAGUUCCUUAAUAUUUUUGCCGACAAGAAAGGAUUGUAUUGAAGCUGCUAUUUCCUAUGUCGAGCUAUCAAGGGCAGAAGAUUGGGAUAUGCUCAAAGUUCAUCCGAGUAAGCUCGAUCCUUAUGUGAAAAAAGUCAAAGACAAGGAAUUGAAAUAUUCUCUUGAAUAUGGCAUUGGCCUAUAUUACGUUGGAAUGGACUCUAGAGAUAAGCUCAUCGUUGAACAACUAUUCGCUUCGAAUACGAUAUCUUGUUUAUUAGCGGCUAAGGGCACUUGCCAAUUUGCACCUUUUGCAAAUAACGUUGUUAUUUUAGGAACUAGAGAAUUUGAUGGGAAAGAACAGAGAUUUGUCGAUUUUACGAUCGCUGAUAUAUUGGAAAUGAUUGGAUGCUGUAAAGAUAAUUUGAAUAACGCAUCCAAGAUUCUUGUUCUAACCACCGCAUCUAAGAUUAGUUAUUACAACAAGUUUUUAGUAGAGGGUUUACCUAUCGAAAGUCACUUGAACUUGUUUAUUCACGAUUGUUUCAUGAAUGAAAUUAGCUCGAAGGUCUUUGAAAGCAGACAAGAUUGUAUUGAUUGGAUUACUUUCAGCUAUUUUUAUAGAAGACUCCAAUCCAACCCUAGCUUUUACGAUGUUAAAGAUACGUCACAUUUAGGAGUAUCUGAAUAUUUGUCAGAACUUGUUGAAAGUACGUUGAAAGAUCUCGAAGAUUCAGCAUUGAUUGAAACAGAGGUAAAUGAUGAAGAUCAGCAAGGUGACGCGGAGGAUGAAGAAGAAGAUGAAGAAGAAGAGGACAGUAUCAAUCCUCUCAAUGGUGCCAUGAUUGCCUCUUACUAUAAUACUACAUAUGAUACGAUGAAGGAACUACAAAAAAUUGAUAAUAAAACGAGAUUAAAGGGUAUAUUGGAGGCUAUUACUUCUGCAAGUGAACUUGAGCUGGUUCCGAUUAGGCAAAACGAAGAGUCGAUUCUUUCCAAAUUAUAUAGCAAGGUUCCUAUCAAGGUUACAGAGCCAGACUAUGAAUCCCCUCAAUUUAAAGCAUUAGUUUUGUUGCAGGCACAUUUUUCAAGGCUCCAGCUACCUGUUGAUUUAGUGUUGGAUCAAAAGGCAAUACUUCAACGAAUUUUGAACGUACUCUAUGCCUCUAUUGAUACCUUGUCCGGCGAAGGCUACUUAAAUGCUAUACAUGCAAUGGAUUUAUCACAAAUGAUCAUACAAGCAGUUUGGAAUAAGGACAGCCCUUUAAAACAGAUUCCCAACUUUGAUAAUGAAAUCUUGAGCAGAUGCUCCAAAGCAAAGAUCGAUACGGUGUAUGAUUUAAUGGCGAUGGAAGAUGAGGAACGAGACGAUGUUCUUAGAUUGCAAGGUGAGAAAUUGAAUGACGUGGCCGAAUUUGUUAAUAAAUACCCUAACAUCGACAUAACUUACGAAUUAGAUUUGUCCAGUCCUAUUUCCUCAAACGACUCCAAACAACUUAAGGUCGUAUUAGAGAGAGACGAGGAGAUGGAAGAUGACAGUGUUAUUGCUCCGUAUUAUCCUUUUCCAAAAGAUGAAAGCUGGUGGAUUGUCCUCGGCGACGCUGAUUCUAGGCAGCUUUAUGCUAUCAAGAAAACGACAAUUAACAAAGAAUUACAAGCAAUUACUUUAGAGUUCACAAUACCAAACCCUGGUCAUCACAAAUUGUCAAUUUGGUGUGUCUGUGAUUCUUACGUCGAUGCUGACAAGGAAGUAUCAUUCGAGAUAGAUGUUGUACCUGGAAGUGACAGCGAUGAGGAUGAUGAUGAUGAUGAUGAUGGUGAUGAGGAGGAAGAGAAGUAA